AUGCCAAAUGGAGUCAAGAUUGAAUAUUCCCUCCAUUUUGGCUUUAGAACUUCAAACAACGAGGCCGAAUACGAAGCCCUCUUGGUCGGCCUUUGGUUAGCCAGGACCAAAGAUGUAUCUAUGUCAACCUACCUAUUGGCAGCACAUCUACAACUUCGGAAGUUCUGUGCUUACAAGAUUUGGCAGAUACCCAGAAUAGAGAACAGUCACGAUGAUGCCCUGGCAAGAUUAGUUUCGGCAAUCAACAACAAAAUCGGCCAACAAGCUCCUGUGGAAAUACUGACUCAACCAAGUACAAUAGGCGCCAAUGUUUGUGAUGUACAGUAUGAGAACACGUGGUUGUCCCCUAUCUACCUGUACUUAACAAACGGUACCAUCCCUGACCACAAAACUCAAGCAAGAAAGCUGUGA